CCCUUUCAGACACUUUUAGUGGUAAAAAAGUAGAAGAAACAUCAACGUCAAACGGUUUAAAGGUGGUAAUAAUUUGGUUUUAAUCGAAAACUUAAAUGCAUCACCGCCAAAUGUUGUCAAAAAAUGUUACAUUGAAAGAAAAAGGUCACUUUUGCCCCAAUUUAAUAGAUAUUUACAAAGAUGCAAAGGUUUCCUUCAUUUCUGCAGUUCCAGGUUUUCUCGUGUUUGAUUCCUCUUUUAGUCCUCUCAGUGGCACUAACUAGAAAUGGCACGUAAAAAGGUUGUUUGGGCAGAAAAUCGAUGUCAGGGGAGGGAUUACAAUUAGCAACCCUCUUGUAAUCCCCUGGUUUCUCCUCUGAUGCGCCGCCUCAUCUCCUCGUCUGUCUCAGUCCCAGCUCUCCUCCGCCAGCGGAUGUUGCUUCUGCCGGCUGCCUUUGCUGUUUUGAGAAUUGCACCUUUUUUUGGAAAGUGUGAACGUAAUUGUUGCACACAGAGGAAGUAGAGGGAUGUGAAUCAGCAGAGCGGGCUGAGAAACCGCUGCGUGGAGAAUCUGGGGGGAAUAAAGUUGGGGGGGGGGGUGAUCCAUCCAGCUGGACUGCUAGUUUCUAAAACUUUGACAGGACGACAUAUUUGCAUCCGAAAGCGCCUCCCUGCCCGUCCACGGCCGCGGGUCAGAGCCCAGACGCUCUCAUGCAUUUAUCACUGGAUACCAUGAGCAUGGUGGACGACGGCUGCCUCUCACCCGCCAACUUCCACCAGAUAGGGAAGGGUGGCGUUGCGGUUGCGGGGGGCCACGUCCACAGCAUUGAUGUCAUUCUGGGUUUCAGUAAAGACCAGGAACCAGUGCUGAGCCCUGUUGCAGGGGCCCCGGGGCCCCAAAGAGCAGGCGGGGAUGACAUGGCGGAACACGGGAAGCGCCCAGAGCCCUCGCCACACCCGACUUAUGGCGGACCCCCCCACUCUGUGAGGAACAGCGACGCAGAGCAGCAUCAGUACCACGACACGGGCCUGUUUGCAAACCAGAGUGAUGAGGAGCUGGCAGAGCUGAGGCAGAGCAUCCAGAUGGACGAAGGAAAGUCUCCGGCGUCCAGCAAAGACGAUCCGCCCAAGAAGAAGCACCGCCGCAACCGCACCACCUUCACCACCUACCAGCUGCACGAGCUGGAGCGCGCCUUCGAGAAGUCCCACUAUCCAGACGUGUACAGCCGGGAGGAGCUGGCCAUGAAGGUCAACCUUCCAGAGGUUCGAGUCCAGGUUUGGUUUCAGAACCGCAGAGCGAAAUGGCGUCGACAGGAAAAAAUGGACGCGAGCGCCAUGAAGCUCCACGACUCCCCCAUGCUCUCCUUCAACCGUUCGGCCCCCGUCCACCCGAGCGUGGGCCCAGUGACCAACCCGCUGGCGCUGGACCCCUGGCUGCCCUCCCCGCUGUCGAGCGCGACGCCGGUCCACAGCAUCCCGGGCUUCAUGGGCCCAGCUCAGGGGCUGCAGCCCAGCUAUGCCAGCCACACCUUCAUCAACGUCCCUCCCCACUCUCACCCUCAUCCUCACUCCUCCAUGGGGCAGGGGAUCCAGAGCAUGGCUCCUCCUCCGUACCAGUGUGCAGCGGCCUACCCUGAUAAGUUCCCCAUGGAGGAUGUAGACCAGCGGAGCUCGAGUAUUGCUGCUUUAAGAAUGAAGGCCAAGGAGCACAUCCAGUCCAUGGACAAAACAUGGCAACCCAUGUGAGCAGGGAGAGGAAAGGAGGAUUGGAAACUGUGAAAUUGGACAUUUUUUCUAUUAACUAAUUCUAUUUUUUCCUGAAGUACAUCAAAUGAAUCCUGCUUGUUUUGUUUUAGGAUGCCAAGCAGCAGAAACCUCCUCUUCCUUCCUAGAACACCAGCACCAAUGCUGUUCCAAAUAACCCUGAUUAAGCUGACAUAUUUGCAUUUCCAUCAGCAUAAAACGCUUUUGUCAUAUCAAAAGUAUUCUUUUCACUAACUUUUCUGCUAAAAUCUGACCAUUUUCGUAAAAGAAGGUCAGUUUCCGUUUGGUCUAGAAUUGUUCCUGUUCACUAAGCUGCAGGAACGGAGGAUGUUGGCACUUUAUGAACCACCAGGUUGGAGGAAAUACCAAAAAUGAAAAGGAUCUUUACUCUGAAGGAAAACAGCAAAACUGUGGGAGUGAUGAACGCCGGCUGUCGCUGGAGGGACGGCUGGCUGUGAGGAUGUCACCCCACAUCGUCCCGUCUUUGUUUGGGACAAUUGAUCUUUGUCUGAGGGCGGAGGGGCACAAACGCUGUAGGCUCAGACAGAAGCCUUUUUUUCACAUCAGAGUUUAAACAGGACCCUUAUUUUGAAAUGUCAUUUCAGAAUUUAUGUUAUUUAAUGUUUUUGUACCUUUGGAAAAAAAAAUCACUUUGACAUGAUAACCAACAAAGAAACAGGCUGGUUGAUUUGAAAGAUGCUCAUAAAAGGAAAGUCGUGUCGUAGCUGCCGCCUGAUAAGUCGAUUUUUUAAUGUUUUCUUUUUAGACAACAGACUUUUAUCUUUCUUAAUUAGGAUUUAAAGAAGAAUUAUGGACCAAAAACAAACCAAAGGUUAGAGAACGUUGCACAGGAGCAGUUUUAGAUGUUUUUUGGGUUGGAAAUUUACAAGAUGUUGUCAUAUGUGUCUUAGUUUUAUGUGUUUUGUGAGUUUUCAUUUAUCAAUGUUCUGGAAAUAUCCAGAGAAAAUAAAUAUAGAUUUAUAGGA